UUUUGACUUCAGCCAACUGCAGGAAUUCAUUAAUGAAGAAAACAUCGCUGAAUUACUGGGAUUACCUAACAGCACAACUGUCUCUGUUUCAGAAUUUUCCUUUCCGUCUUCUCACCAAGAAUCCAAAGUGAAUCCCAGCAGCAGAAAUCGCCACCUUUUAACGAUGCAGCCACCGCCUGAGAAUUUAAAGUACUUUACUGGCUAUAACAGUACUCAGCCUCUGAAACACGUUCUUUUUGAAACCAACUUAACGGUUACCCCAUCCAUCCAACAUUCGCCUCCACAACUGAGACAAGAUCCACUUUCAAUCCACGACGAAAAUCGAGUGCCACAUCUCCUUACUCAACCAAGUUCGGAAUGUGGUCACAUGAUGUCGCCCCUAUCACAGUCAAUCACUGAUUGUCUCGCUGCAACUCUUGGUAUAUCACCUCAUCAGUCGACGAGAGCGAGUAAUCCAGUACAAAAUUUAUACGCCAGAAUGUUGGAAUGGACACUGGAAAACUGUCAUCCUCGUACACUAGAUGAAUUAGGAAAGAGUAUGCAGGAAAGAGGAAUGUUCUUUAGACAUAAUGACCUUACGACAGAGCUUUUUACAACUAAAUCUGUGCUGCAGGGCUAUUGUCAAGAUGCAUGGUUGUCAAAUAGAACAUGA